UAUGAUAGUACUUGGUUAUAUUCUGUUCCAUUCUCCAUCGACGACUCGAAGAAGCUCGCCCUCGCCCCAAAGCGGAGCUCGAACAAGGACCGCCACACCAAAGUCGAGGGCCGCGGCCGCCGGAUUCGGAUGCCGGCUCUCUGCGCCGCCAGAAUUUUCCAAUUGACGAGGGAAUUAGGGCACAAAUCGGACGGCGAGACCAUCCAGUGGCUGCUGCAGCAGGCCGAGCCGUCGAUCAUCGCCGCCACGGGGAGCGGCACCAUCCCCGCCUCCGCCCUGGCCGCCGCGGGCGGCGCGAUCUCGCAGCAGGCCAGCUCGAUUUCGUCGGGCCUCGAUGAAUUAGGGGCUAAUCGGAGCUCGUGGCCUAUGAUUGGGGGAAAUUUGGGGAGGACUCACGUGAGCACGGCGGCGGGGCUGUGGCCUCCCGCGGGAUUCGGAUUUCAAACGUCGUCGUCUUCGUCUGGUCCGUCAAUGGCGGCGGCGGAGAAUUCUAGUUAUCUUCAGAAAAUGGGGUUCCCUGGAUUUGAGCUGCCUGGAGGGAAUUUGGGGGCAAUGAGUUUCACCUCAAUUUUGAGCGGCGGAGGCGGUCAGCAGCUGCCCGGAUUGGAGCUUGGAUUGUCACAAGAUGGAAACAUAGGAGUGAUGAAUCCUCAGGCAUUCAGCCAGUUUUAUCAGCAGAUGGCGGCGCCGGCGGCGCGUGUCGCCCACCACCAUCAAAAUCAUCAGCAACACCACCACCAGCAGAAUUUGUCGCCUAAGGAUGAUGAUUCUCAAGAAUCAGGACAGUAGAUUUGUCUGAAAAAGUUAACAAUAUUAAUACUAAAAAUGGUUGCUUUGGUUUUUGGGGGAUGGAUUGUGUGGUGAUUGGUUUUCUUCUCUUUUUUUAAAAUUUUAUUUGUAUUCUUUUUCUUUUUUUUGUUGCAUUAGUGUAUAAAUCUCAAGAAUGAUAGAUAUGUUCA